GAAAAAUUCCAAAAAGGAAAAGGAAAAGGAGAAGACCAGGCCAAGAUCUCGGUCACGUUCCAAGUCAAGAUCCCGGACACGUUCUCGUUCUCCUUCUCAUACUCGACCUAGACGGCGUCAUAGAUCCCGAUCAAGAUCGUAUUCACCUAGAAGGAGGCCAAGCCCAAGAAGGCGGCCAUCUCCUCGAAGAAGAACUCCGCCAAGACGAAUGCCUCCUCCACCAAGGCAUAGAAGGAGUAGAUCUCCAGUGAGACGAAGGCGACGUUCAUCAGCAUCCUUGUCUGGGAGUAGCUCGUCUUCAUCUUCAUCUCGUUCCCGGUCACCGCCAAAGAAGCCUCCAAAGAGGACAUCCAGCCCCCCUCGAAAAACUCGUAGGUUAUCUCCUUCAGCAAGUCCUCCGAGGCGAAGGCAUAGGCCAUCACCUCCAGCAACUCCACCGCCAAAAACUCGUCAUUCCCCAACACCCCAGCAGUCUAACCGUACAAGGAAAAGUCGUGUUUCUGUUUCUCCAGGGAGAACUUCAGGUAAAGUGACAAAACAUAAAGGUACUGAGAAAAGAGAGUCCCCUUCACCAGCACCCAAGCCUAGAAAAGUAGAGUUAUCUGAAUCAGAAGAAGAUAAAGGUGGCAAAAUGGCUGCGGCAGAUUCUGUGCAGCAGAGACGCCAGUACAGACGACAGAACCAGCAGUCUUCCUCUGAUUCUGGCUCCUCCUCUUCCUCAGAAGAUGAGCGACCCAAAAGGUCCCAUGUGAAGAAUGGUGAGGUAGGCAGGCGGCGGAGACAUUCCCCUUCCCGGAGUGCCUCUCCAUCACCUCGAAAACGCCAGAAAGAGACUUCCCCUCGGAUGCAGAUGGGAAAGCGAUGGCAAUCGCCAAUGAAUAAAAGUGGUAGACGGAGGAGAAGCCCCUCCCCGCCACCCGCCAGAAGGCGGCGUUCUCCUUCUCCUGCUCCUCCUCCUCGACGCCGCAGGUCGCCCACACCACCACCGCGACGAAGGACUCCUUCACCUCCCCCUCGUCGGCGCUCACCUUCCCCAAGAAGAUACUCUCCUCCAAUACAGAGGAGAUACUCUCCUUCUCCGCCUCCAAAGAGAAGAACGGCUUCACCCCCUCCUCCUCCUCCUAAACGAAGGGCAUCACCAUCUCCACCACCAAAGCGUCGGGUUUCCCACUCACCACCUCCCAAACAAAGGAGCUCCCCAGUCACCAAGAGACGUUCACCUUCAUUGUCUUCAAAGCAUAGGAAGGGGUCUUCCCCGAGCCGGUCUACCCGGGAGGCCCGGUCGCCACAACCAAACAAACGCCAUUCGCCCUCACCACGGCCUCGAGCGCCUCAGACCUCCUCAAGUCCUCCACCUGUCCGAAGAGGAGCAUCGUCAUCACCCCAAAGAAGGAAGUCCCCAUCUCCAAGUUCUAGGCCCAUUAGGAGAGUCUCCAGGACUCCGGAACCCAAAAAGACAAAAAAAGCUGCCUCACCAAGCCCUCAAUCAGUAAGGAGGGUCUCAUCUUCCCGAUCUGUCUCAGGAUCUCCUGAGCCAGCAGCUAAAAAAGCCCCAGCACCUCCAUCCCCUCUCCAGUCUCAGUCACCCUCUACCAACUGGUCACCAGCGGUACCGGUCAAAAAGGCUAAAAGCCCAACACCAAGCCCAUCGCCGGCAAGGAAUUCAGACCCAGAAGGAGGUGGAAAGAAAAAGAAGAAAAAGAAGGACAAGAAACACAAAAAGGAUAAGAAGCACAAGAAGCACAAAAAACACAAGAAGGAGAAAGCUGUGGCUGCGGUGGCUGCAGCCGCCAUGGCCCCCGCGGCCGCCACUGCUCCUACCACUGUGUCGGCACAGGAGGAGCCGGAGGCAGAGCCAGAGCCCAAGAAGGAGACUGAAAGUGAGGCUGAAGAUAACCUUGAUGACUUAGAAAAGCAUCUGCGUGAGAAGGCCCUGAGAUCAAUGCGGAAGGCUCAAGUGUCCCCACAGUCCUAGGUGGAAAUGUUUGUUAUGAUGUAAAUUUUAUUUGGUUUGUACGCAAUUCAAUUUCAAAAUUGCUAAAAUGUGUUUGAGCUUUAGACUAUAACAUUUGUUGUAAUAAUUGCUAGGUUGAAGUUCACCAUGUAAAAAAAGGGCAUGGAUUUACAUUGCAAAAGGUGUCCACAGUGUAUUAGUGACAUUCUUUCAUUGACAGCUGACAUAAAUUCAUUUAGCGUGAACUAUUUUAAGCCAAAAAAAAAAUCUCCUUUUUAAAAAAGGGGGUUUAAAUACUGUUGGCAUUCAUAUGGUUCCUUUAAAUGCCCCUGGCUAUUCCCAGAGGUUUUUCUUCUUUUUACCUUUUCUUUAUUUCUGUCUUUUGUUUUUUUUUUUCCUCAUUUGAGUCUUAGCACCCGUUUAAGUUAUGAUGCUUCCAUCCUUGUAUGGUUUGCAAGCUUGCCCAGAAAUAAGACCACUGUUGAACUACCACAAAAGUAUAAAUGAAUAUUUUAAUGCCACAAUCUUUCCUGUUGCCUGUGGAGUCUCUGCUGAAAUGAAUCAGGAUUCGAGCUCUAGGAUGAGACAGAAAAUGAAAGCAUGUUGUUUGCCAGGACACUGUGGGUUUAUAUUGAUGUGUAACAAGUUGAUUUGGAACACUGGAAUUUCAUUCUAUUCUGUUGUGUUUUUUUGUUUAAGGCAAUUAACUAGUCCCAGGAAGGAUCCUUCAGUUAUAUAAAAUUUUGUUUAAUGAAAUGUCAUGGCUCCAUUCAUAAUUUUGUCUUGUUCUUCCAAUUGGUAUAUACAGCUUUCAGAGCUCUUGUAUUUGGAAGGCUGGAAGGGCCCAGACUUUGAAAUAGUGUCUUGUUUUCACUGUUUUGUUUUUGUUUUUUGUUUUUUUUUUUUUUUUAAACUAAAGCUAUAUAAAGCUUGUGGAUUAAACAGAAUAAAUUUCUAAAUUUAAAAAUA